GGCAGCGCGGUGCUGACGGGCGCGAAGCCACUAGGGCACCACUUCCGCCCGGUUCUCCUUCCGCUGUCCGCGGCGGCAAGAUGGCGGCGCUGAGGGCGCUCUCCGGGUUGCGGGCACUGCGGCCGGUGGUGGGGCUCGGAUUAUGCAACCAACCCAGCAGAGGUGCUCGUCAAUGGCAACCAGAUGUGGAAUGGGCAGAGCAAUUUGGAGGAGCUGUUAUGUACCCCACCAAGGAAACAGCUCACUGGAAACCUCCACCUUGGAAUGAUGUGGAGCCUCCAAAGGAUGUGAUGGUGUCAAACCUGACCCUGAACUUUGGGCCGCAGCACCCGGCAGCCCAUGGAGUACUGCGCCUGGUGAUGGAGCUGAGUGGGGAGAUGGUGCGUAAAUGUGACCCUCACAUUGGGCUGCUUCACCGUGGCACCGAGAAGCUCAUCGAGUACAAGACCUACCUGCAGGCCCUCCCCUACUUUGACCGGUUGGACUAUGUGUCCAUGAUGUGCAAUGAGCAGGCCUACUCGCUGGCUGUUGAGAAACUCCUCAACAUCCAACCUCCACCCCGGGCCCAGUGGAUCCGAGUGCUGUUUGGGGAAAUCACACGGCUCCUGAACCACAUCAUGGCUGUGACCACACAUGCCCUCGACAUUGGGGCCAUGACCCCAUUCUUCUGGAUGUUUGAAGAGAGGGAGAAGAUGUUUGAGUUCUACGAGCGGGUAUCUGGGGCACGCAUGCAUGCUGCCUACAUCCGGCCCGGAGGUGUGCAUCAGGACCUACCCCUGGGGCUCAUGGAUGAUAUUUAUGAGUUUUCUAAGAACUUCUCUCUUCGGAUUGAUGAGGUGGAGGAGAUGCUAACCAACAACAGGAUAUGGCGCAACCGGACAGUGGACAUAGGGGUGGUGUCUGCUGAAGAUGCGCUCAACUACGGCUUCAGUGGUGUGAUGCUUCGGGGUUCAGGCAUCCAGUGGGAUCUACGGAAGACCCAGCCAUAUGACGUCUAUGACCAAGUGGAGUUUGAUGUCCCCAUUGGCUCUCGAGGCGACUGCUAUGAUCGGUAUCUGUGCCGAGUAGAGGAGAUGCGCCAGUCUCUCCGAAUCAUCUUACAGUGUCUCAACAAGAUGCCUCCUGGGGAGAUCAAGGUUGACGAUGCCAAAGUGUCUCCACCAAAGCGUGCAGAGAUGAAGGCAUCCAUGGAGUCGCUGAUCCACCACUUUAAGUUGUAUACUGAGGGCUAUCAAGUUCCUCCAGGGGCCACCUACACAGCUAUCGAGGCUCCCAAGGGAGAGUUUGGGGUAUACCUGGUGUCCGACGGCAGCAGCCGCCCUUACCGGUGCAAGAUCAAGGCUCCUGGCUUUGCCCACUUGGCUGGUUUGGACAAGAUGUCUCAAGGACACAUGCUAGCAGAUGUUGUGGCCAUCAUAGGUACCCAAGACAUUGUGUUUGGAGAAGUGGAUCGGUGAGCAGGUGCGAGCCCUUACCUUCUGGCCGACCAACUUUGCUGUGGUCUGGAUGGUGUGUGUGUGUGUGUGUGUGUGUGUGUGUGUGUGUGUGUGUGUGUGUGUGUGUGUGUGUAUCUGUGUGUCUGUGUGUGUGUACGUACACACACUGAGGAGAACACUUAGCCUUCCACAUGAACAGGAAAGGAGAACCUGCAAUAAAUUAGCCGCCCCUCGGUCCCUAUA